UGUAAAAUAAUGAUAGUCUACAGUAGGCCUGAACAUCUUCAUGUUAUCGGGGGAAAUAAAUGAAAAGACUGCUUUAUUGUUAUUUUUACUGGCACAAUCCCCGCCUAUACACGCCGUCGUCACUGAUUCAAAUUGCUAGUGAGGUUUAGUUCGGUGAAGUACCACUGUCGCAUCGCUAGAGGAACGGAUAUUAGGUCAGGCUUUGUUUGUGGAUGAGCUCCAUCACCUCCUCCAGAAAUGUGGACGGAUAUAAGGAAACUACUGCUCUUUCAUUUGUUAGCCCUGAAACUUCAUUCCUCAAAAGGAGCAGAGGCAGAAGAGUGUGAGGAUGGUCAGUUUCAGUGCAAUAACAAAAGGUGUAUACCGACCAUAUGGAGGUGCGACGAUGAUGACGACUGCUCAGACAACAGCGACGAGGAAAACUGUGCCAGGAAGACGUGUGCCCCGGCAGAGUUUGCCUGUGCAAACGGUCAGUGUGUACCAGGCCGCUGGCGCUGUGACGGGGAACCAGAGUGUCCCGACGGCUCAGAUGAGGCAGACGCCACCUGUAGCAAACAGACGUGCCCUCCGGAGAAGUUUGACUGCGGCGGCUCUACCAACAAGUGUGUCUCAAUGUCGUGGCGAUGCGACGGCGAGCAGGACUGCGAGAGCGGGUCAGACGAGGAGGACUGUGCCGCCGACGCCAAGUCCUGCCCGAAAAGCCAAUUCCAGUGCGCCAACCGCAAGUGCCUGGCACCUGUCUACGUGUGCGACGGUGAUGACGACUGCGACGAUGGCUCUGACGAACUAAAAUGCUCCUCGCGCCACUCGCCAACGACCACCUGCGGUCCGCACGAGUUCCGCUGCAACACCUCAGAGUGUGUGCCUGUCAUGUGGAACUGUGACGGCGACCCAGACUGCCCAGACGGCUCUGACGAGUGGCCGGAGCGUUGUGGGAGUGAAGGGUCGCAAUCGCGACGCAAGAUGAACUGUACGGUGGAGGAGUUUCGGUGCGCCAACGGGGAGUGUGUGAGGCUGGCGUGGAAAUGUGACGGGGAUCCGGACUGCAAGGAUAAAUCGGACGAGGCGGAUUGUCCUCUGCUGACAUGCCGCCCAGAUGAAUUCCAGUGUGGUGAUGGCUCCUGUAUCCACGGCACCAAGCAGUGUAACAAGGUCCACGACUGUCCUGACCAGAGUGACGAGUCAGGCUGUGUCAACGCCACUAAGUGUGAGGGGCCCCUGAAGUUCCUGUGUAAGAACGGAGAGUGUAUCGACAGCGCUAAGGUGUGCGACAAUGUCAAGGACUGCAAGGACCGCUCCGAUGAGCCCAAGAAGGAGUGUGGGCUCAACGAGUGCACGCUCAACAACGGCGGCUGCUCCCACAUCUGCCUGGAUCGACCAAUCGGCUACGAGUGCCAGUGUCCCACCGGGUACCAGCUACUGGACAAGAGGACAUGUGGAGACAUUGAUGAGUGCGAGAGCGCCAACGCCUGCAGCCAGAUCUGCAUCAACUACAAGGGAGACUUCAAGUGCGAGUGCUACCAAGGCUAUGAGAUGGACCCCGUCACCAAGACCUGCAAGGCAGAGGGGAAGUCGCCCUACCUGAUGUUCACCAACCGCCAUGAGAUCCGUCGGGUGGACCCAGUGAAGAAGGAUUACAGCCAGGUGCUGGCAACCCAGAAAAACGCUGUGGCGCUUGACAUAGACGUGGCCAAUAACCGCCUGUUCUGGUGCGACCGCUUCCACCGCAACAUCUACAGUGCUCUGAUCCCGGAGGCCAGUGUCCCGUCCCAGCAGGUGACCCUGGUGGACUCUGGCUCUCUCCUCUCCCCCGAGGGCCUGGCCCUAGACUGGGUCCAGCACAACCUCUACUGGACCGACUCGGGCCACAAGACCGUCUCGGUGGCCUCAGCCUACGACGGCCUCAAGAGGAGGGUGCUGGUGGACACGGAACUCAGCGAGCCCAGAGCCAUAGCCCUGGACCCUCAGCACGGGUUCAUGUACUGGUCUGACUGGGGCACCCGGGCCAAGAUCGAGAAGGCUGGGAUGAAUGGGGUGGACCGACAGGUCUUGGUGUCAGAUAACAUCGAGUGGCCCAACGGCAUCACCCUAGAUGUAGCCAACAGGCGUCUGUACUGGGUGGACUCCAAGCUGCACCUCAUCUCCAGCGUGGACCUGAACGGGGCUCACCGCAGGACACACCUGUCCUCCUCAGAGAGACUGGGACACCCCUACGCACUGGCCGUGUUUGAGGACCGUAUCUACUGGACAGACAGGGAGAGGGAGGCGGUGUACAGCGCUAACAGGCUAACCGGCCAAGAUGUCAGCACACUGGCCGAGCACCUCAACGACCCCCACGACAUAGUGGUCUUCCACCCACUCCGACAGCCCCAAGGCCCAGACAGCUGUAACUUGGGCAGUGAGGCCAACGGUGGCUGUGAGUACCUGUGUCUCAAAGCCCCCCAGAUCACAGAGCACUCCCCCAAGUACACCUGCGCCUGCCCUACAGGACAGGACCUGGGGCCCGACAUGCGGGGCUGUGUGCCAGCAAAUGAGACUAUUGCCACACCGCCGCCAUUCCCCACCGGCUCGGUAGCCAUUAUCACGGCAAGUAUCGAGGAGGACAAAGAGGACUCCCAUUCUAUUUCUGGGUUGUCCCAGGCAGAUGCCAGGGUCCGCCACCUCACCCCCGCCCCCUCCAGCACCCCAGAACCCCUCCUCAUCGCCAAACCUGGGGCAGAGGUGAAGGAGAAAGAUGGCCGGCGUUUGGAUCACACCACAGUAGGGUCUGGGGACACCAAUGUCAUCAAGGAGGACAGCAACCUCUCUCACCACUCUGGAAGUGAGCAUUUUCUCCUGGGGGAGAACCUGACAGUGGCCGUUCUGGGAGUAGUCAUCCCUAUAGUUCCUAUUGUUGCCACAGUGGUCUUCGGUCUGCUCUGCACUGGCGUCUACCUGGUUUGGCGGAACUAUCGUGUAAACUCUACCAAGAGUAUGAACUUUGACAACCCCGUUUACCGCAAGACCACAGGCGAGGGCGAAGAGGACGAGAUUCACAUUGGACGGACGGACAGUGGCAUGAGCGGCCAGCACGGGCAUCACCCGUACCCAGUUGGAGUGGGGUGUGGCGUAGUCGGCGGGGGCGGAAAUACAUGCCCGCAGUUUAUCGCGCUGCCACUGGGUGGCAGUAUGCCCGACCCGGGGACUCACUGGUACACGGAGCAGCCUAUGCUGUCCACUACGGCUAAGUGAGGUGGGCAAAGUGGGAGGAUGGAGACUAGACUAAAUGGCUGCUCAGGGGGUUAAUUUUCAAGAUGGCCGCUGCUCAGGCGCACACACACACACAUGCACACACACACAGUACCAAGGUCAGGGGUCACUCACUGAGUCUGUUCAAGGGAUGGACAUAUGAUGUUAUCAUCACAUCCAGCCAUUCGGGACCAUGCUGUGCCAAUUCAUCACACAAAAUUGACAGUUUGACACUUUCUAAGGUUUAUUUAUGUUAUGUCAGAGUUGGGGUUGGUUCGGUUUGAAUUCCUGUCAAUUCAGUUCUUGAAUUCUCUAUGAAUCAAUUGAAUUUAGAUCACUGGACUUGAGUUGUAACUGAGUCGACACCAAUUCUGGAUGGUUUUCAUCCACUUUUGAUCAAUUUCAGCAGUAUUGAGCUGUGCUAUCUGCCUCCCGUUUAAGGCCGAGAGGAGUUCCAAGACAUUCAUUUUGCCCUUGCCGUUAUAAAUUUAUGCUCUCCAUUUUAUAUCCCUGGUGGAUCCUCGUUCUCUGGCUUUUUAGGAGGAGGUUUAAAAUGAGGGCAGCACCUUAGUUGGUUGAUGGGCCAAUCUGUAUAGUUUUAAGCUAUUAAUUCAACACGUUUUAUCGUUCACCUCACGAUUACUAAAGAUGUCAUAGUGUUUUGUUAUUCUGGUCAGGGCUUUUGUCUUGGAGUGGAGUGAAAGGUUUGAGAGAGGUGUGUGUGUGUGUGUGUGUGUGUGUGUGUGUGUGUGUGUGUGUGUGUGUGUGUGUGUGUGUGUGUGUGUGUGUGUGUGUGUGUGUGUGUGUGUGUGUACUUACUCUCUACAGUUCUUCUUUGACGUUUUCCUUAUUGAACCUCAAAGGCUACAAGAGGGCAAGCAGGGCAAAGGGUCGUUGAGAAAGUUUUGUGGCAGCGUUGGGAUCCAAAAGAAAGCGUAAGGCUUAGCGAGAGAAGCCUUUGUAGUUAUUAAUGGUAGGCUGGGUUUUUGGGCCCAGUGAAGACGUCUAGCUAGUGGCUAACAGUAUCCAUGUUAAGGCUUGUCUCUAGACAUUUAGAAUGCGGCAAGUAUUGCUGGUCAAAACUACAUUUCAUUUAUACUCAGGCUGACUGUCUGUAGAUCGUCACUAUGAUGAAAACUGUUCUACUUUGACCCUGCCACAGUGUCCAUUAUCACGAGUCAAUAGAGCCACUGGCGCUACAUAACCAUGACAACAAAUUCCAAACGCCUGAUUAACAGCUAGCUGGCUUGCGUUAGCAUACAGAAUAUACAUACAUUUAAUAUUAUAGACGACUGUAUUUUUUUGUAGCGCAGAUGUUAAGUUUAGUUAUGGAGCACCCUUGUCUCUUUGCCUUUGAGAGGGAAGACUCCAACGAUUUAAAAAAAUAAAAAAUCCUGGUUAGCAAUUGGUAGCCAGCUUAAUUCAACCUGUAAUUAAACUGACUUUAGCUGAGCUGGCUAUCUAGUCAAUCUAAUUCCAGACUAGGUCAUCUAUGAGAAAUCAAACAAACCAAUAUUAAUCUCUUCUCAGGAGAAAGGCAGCUUCCUCCUCCAUGUUUUCUCAUUUAUACGAAGGAUAGAAUGUAAUUCACUAUCACGUGACAAUAUAAUGCUCAUGAUGUCAAUUUUGCGUUUAUACUUUUUCUAACGACAACAACCAAGUUUGUAAAUAUAAUUUCCAUGAUAUCACUGCAACAACAUGUCAAUAGAUGGACUAAAAACCAGCCUUUAGGUAUGAUAAUGACAACAGAGUUGGCUAGAGCAGAAUUAGCU